AUGGAAUGCUUUCGACAAGUAUUUCGAUGCAUCAAAGCUCCUUUCAAGCGCGAAAGGGGAAGGGUUAUUGAAAUUGGUCCCCCAACAAACUUCCGAAAAGAAGAAUUGCCUGCUUGCUUCUCCGAUGCCGAGUCAGUUCUAUCGCCCAGCGAGAACCCGACAGCGCGACUAAAUCUGACAACACAAUCACAGGACUCUGACGUCGCAGCACAGCCACACCACGGAGAAGGACGGGAUGACGAUCGAGAUGGUGCCAAUACCAUCAUCGACGAAGGACAAGGUUCAAGGCCAUAUGCGCAGGAUGAGCGUAAGACUCUCGCAGACCGCAUCCGAGGGCAUAUGAAGGUGGCCCGUUGGUGGAGAACAAUCCCGACAAGGGGCCAUGAACACAAGGGCCCGGUCGAGUCGGUCUCGAUGGCGGAGAUGUGA